AUGGCUGCAGAGGGCCCACCACAUGAGGGGGCCCCCUCUGGGGGGCCCCCAAGAGUGGAUGAGACGGGACCUGCUGCUGCUCCAGCAGCAGCAGCAACACAAGCAGUGGAGAGUGCCCAGCAGCUAAACUCGCGUAGAACCCAAGACAGUAAUGCAGAUAUACCAACAGCAGCAACAGCAGCAACAGCAGCAACAGAAGCAACUGCUGUUGAUGCUGCAGCAGCCGCAGCAACAGAAGCAACUGCUGUCGAUGCUGCAGCAGCAACAGCAACAGACGCAAGCAGUAGUCCUACACAAAAUAACAAAAAGCCAACUUUGUCACAUGCUACAGAAGCUGCAGCAGCAGCAGCAGCAGCAGCUCCUGCUGCUGCUCCUGCUCCUGCAGCAGCUCCUGUUGAAGCUGCCGCAUCAAAGCCUCCAACGAGCGCUGAUACAAAAUCUUCCUCGCCGCUCCCUGAGGACUCCUCAAAACCGCAGCAGCAGCAGCAAGAGCAGCAGCAGCAGCAAGAGCAGCAGCAGCAGCAAGAGCAGCAGCAGCAGCAAGAGACGCAGCGCAAAAAUGAGUCAAAGGAGGAGAAGCAGCAGCUGAAGCAGCAGCAAAAGCAGCAACAGCAGCAGCAAGAGACACCAUCAUCAUCAGAGGAGAAGCAAGGGCCGCAGCCGGAGCAGCAGCAACAGCAGCAGCAGCAGAAACAGCCAGAGGAAAAGAAGCAGCAGCAACAACAGAAAGAAUCAAGAAAGGAGAAGCAGCAGCCGCAGGAGCAGCAGAAACAAGAGCAACUGCAGCAGCAGCAGCAACCGCAGCAACAGGAAGAGCAGCAGGGGCAAAGGCCUCCGCUAGAUCAGCAGCAACAGCAGCAGAAACAGCAGCAGGAAAAACAACAGCAACAGAAACAGGCACCAAAGGAGGAGAAGCAGCAGCAGACGCAACAGCAGCAGGAGCCAGCAAAAGAGCAGGAGCAGCAAGUGCCCCAGCCAGAGCAGCAGCAACAGGCGAAACAGAACCCGCAGCAGCAACAGCAGCAGCAGCAGCAGCAGCACCAGAAACCUCAACAGCAGCAAGACCAGCCGCAGAAGCCGCAGGAACAGCAGCAACAGCAACAACAACAAAAGCAGUCAAAGGAGGAGAAGCAGAAGCAGCAACAGCAGCAACAGCAGCAGCAACAAUCACAACAGGAAGAGCAGCAAACGCCAAAGCUGGAGGAGAAGGUGCAGUCUGAGCAGCAGCAGCAACAGCAGCAACAGCAACAACAGCAACAGCAGCAGCAACCGCUGCAACAAUCUUCGGAGCCCUCAGAGAACCUUCAGCAGAAGGAGCAGCAGAAGGAGCAGCAGCAGAAGGAGCAGCAGCAGAAGGGCCAACCGAAAGAGCAGCAGCAGACGGAGCAGCAGCAGAAGGAGCAGCAGCAUAAGGAACAGCAGCAGAAGGAGCAGCAUAAGGAGCAGCAGCAGAAGGAGCAACAGAAUGAGCAGCAGAAGGACCAGCAGAAAGAGCAGCAGAAGGAGCAGCAGAAGGAGCAGCAGCAGAAGGAGCAGCAGCAGAAGGAGCAGCAGCAGAAGGAGCAGCAGAAAGAGAAAGCUGACCAGGAGCUGCAGCAGCCGCUUGUAGGGCCAACUCAGGAGGUGCAGCAGCAGCACCCGCAGCAGCAGGAGCAGCAACCGCAACAGCAGGAGCAGCAACCGCAACAGCAGGAGCAGCAACCGCAACAGCAGGAGCAGCAACCGCAACAGCAGGAGCAGCAACCGCAGCAGCAGGAGCAGCAACCGCAGCAGCAGGAGCAGCAACAACAAGCGGAGCAACAGCAGCAGAAAUCGCAACCACAAGAACAACCAAAAGAAGAGCAACAAGCACAGCAAAAGAAGCAGCAAGAGCAGCAGGAGAAAACAGAGCAGCAGCAACCGAAGGAGCAGCAGCAGCAGCAGCAGCAGAAACAGCAGCAGCAAGAGCAAAAACAGCAGGUGCAGCUGCAGCAAGAGCAGCAGCAACAAAGGCAGCAACGUCAAAAAUCGCAACUGCAGCCUAGCAGCAGCGGAGUAUCCAGGAGGAGAAGCUCGCUGGAGGCUGCUGCUGCUGCCCUUCAGGCUGCUGCUGCAUCUGCAGCAGCAGCAGCAUUAGCAGCAGCAGAAGCUGACAGAGGAGCAGCAGAUGAUGCAACAGACACAGAAGCAGCAGCAGCAGCAGGAGCAGCAGAAGGAGACGAAUCCUUAGAGCGUUUGCUGCAGGAGCUUGAUUUAUGGCAGCAGCAAGUUGGCCUUGAGGCCCAGGCAGCAGCCAACAGCAGCAGCAGCAGCAGCAGCAGCAGCAGCAGCGGGGGGCUCGGCAGCAGGCGUAACAGCAGAAGGUCUCAAUCUGCUACUACGCCAACUAGGCUAAGUGUCUCCUUUCGUCUAGACGAUCCAGCUGCUGCACCUGAUGCUGCUGCUGCUGCUGCUGCAGCAGCAGCAGCAACUGCAGCUGCUACUGGUGAGAGUGGAGCAGCAGCAGCAGGAGAUGGAGGUAAACAAGAAGGAGGGGAUCCUACUACUGCUGCUGCUGCUGCUGAUGGUGAUGAUAGUCUUCCUGCUGCUGCUGCUGCACCAAGGGACAGCAGAGCUGAAUGGAUGGCAGCAGCAGCAGCAGCAAACGAUCCUGAGUUUCUCCGUUUGCUGCAGCAGCAGGUAAAUGUUGGUGGUAUAUUUGAUGAUGGGGAAGAAGAAGAAAAGGACGAAACUGCUGCUGCUGCUGCUGCUGCUGCUGGUGCUGCUGGUGCUGCUGCUGCUGCUCCUGUUGCUGUUACCCCUACUCCUUAUGAGAUAAGAUGCCAUCUAGGCACAGGCAGAUGCAGCAUAAUGGAUAGAGAGAGGCAGAGUGUCUUGGAGGGGUUUGCUGCCUGGCAGCGGGAGCAGCUGCUGCUGCAGCAGCAGCAGCAGCAGCAACAGCAGGAUCAGGGAGAGGGAUUGGAUGCUUUUGUUACUGCAGGUAUUUAUUUCUCAUGA